AUGGCAGCUAGCACUGUCAACCGCUCUGGCUUCGGGCCCACUGCGAUCAGAGCAGACAAGAUCAAGUUUGGCCGCUCCACACCAGAUUCCGAAGCUUUCGCAUCCUCGGAGGAUGAGCCAGAACUCUCUCAUUCGGCUUCUUCGGUAGCUGUGCGCCCGGCUGCCGCGGCAGGUGCCCGUAGGUCCUCCUUUCUUAGUGAGAUCAAGUCUGGUGAUCUGAGAAAGGCGUCCAUCACCGGCCCUGUUAUGCCCUCCAACGGAUCACAACCCUCGACUCCCUCUAUCGAACACAACCCAUGGACCUUUGGGUCCACGCUUGGCCGUGUGCCUUCUAAUGGCUCAAAUGGAGGCGCAUGGGCUGCUCCCAACUCCAUUUGGGGAGCGGAUCGACGAGAAUUACCCCUCAGAUUGAACGAGGCAGGUCCCAACUCGUACCUUCCCCAGCAGAGCCCAGGCGUAGUCGAUUCGACAGAGUCUUUCCCCUUCAACAUUCCUCUGCAGCCCAUCUUGAAGACGCACAGAUCACAGUCCUACUCGGUUGGUCAGCUUGAGACGGAAGCAGGGCUCAACAACCCUGGUGCCGUGGGCACACCUCCAAGACUGCGUGCUGGUGUCCCAGGUUCCCAAUAUCGUCCCAUGCGUCCGAGCGGACUCGGAGAAACCGUCUACGUCGAAGGAAGACCUCUGGCACAGCUCAGCGAAGUCGAUGAUGAUGAAGACCAGGGAGUUGCUCUUGCUAGCCUCAAAGCACGUCAUGAUCAAAUCUCAGAUUUGAGCAACGCACUACUUCGCCAGGCUACCCAUGAGAACGCUCGCGCAAAGCACGGAUCCGCAUCACUCGGUGCUUCGGCUGCAGAUGACGUCCGCCGAUCCAUGUCCGACAGCUAUUCACAGUCUGGCGCCGAGUCCGCCAUCGAAGACGAUGAUUCUGAACAGUUGUACUUUGGAAGGGCUCUGAAUCUCGGUCAAGAUAACACACACCGUGGUAUGUGGUCCACCUCUCUCGGCUUCGGAAUGGACGACAUCACACAGAGUAGAAGGCAUUCGUUAGCAGACAUUCCCACUCGCCGUGGAUCGCUUGUUAGUGGCUUAUCUGGUCAAGCUUUCAGCAACGCUGGCUCAGCAUUAGCUGUCAUGCCUCAUGGAUCGGAAAUUGAGAACAGGGACUAUCGUCAGACAUCCCAUGACCUUGAGACCAAUAUGACCGAGUCCGAUAUGCAGCACAGAGCAUAUGCGCAAAACUAUUUCUCCGGAGCGGCUACUGCUCACAGAAAUCGUGCCGAGUCCACAAGUCUCAGUCUUCAAGGCCCAUAUUCAUCGGUCACACCUGCCGGGAGUGCUUUCGGCCGUCAAGGAUGGAGCGCUCCGCUCUAUAUCGUCACGUUCAAGUGCUCAAGAUCCGGCAUCUUCUAUAUUCACGAAGGCACUGGUCUUGAUGUCAAGGAAGGCGAUCUGGUCAUAGUCGAAGCAGAUCGCGGCCAGGAUUUGGGAACUGUCACUCACGCCAAAAUCGACUGGUCCAGAGCAAAAGAAGCUCUCGAGAAGACUGGGGAAGAUCACUACAAGUGGCUGAUGAUGUUCUCGCGUCACAACCUCGCCUUGACAGACUCAGAAACACGCGGUCUCAUGGCCUCGAAUGGAACGGAUCGAGGAAGCAUGCACAGGGAUAGACCCCUAGAUGAGUACCCGCCUGGCAUGGGCGGACCUCCCGAGUUGCCUCAAGAACCUACCAAACCAAAGAUGAUUAAACGUCUUGCUCAGCCCCACGAGAUUGCCAACCUCCGCGAGAAGGAAGGAAAUGAAGCAAAGGCCAAGAGAAUUGCGCAGCAAAAAGCUAGCGAGCACAACCUCAAGAUGGAAAUCCUUGACGCCGAGUUCCAACUUGAUUGGAAGAAGCUCACCUUCUACUUCUAUUCUACCGAGUACAUCAACUUCAACCUCUUGGUUGGAGACUUGUUCAAGAUCUACAAGACACGCAUCUGGCUGUCAGCAAUCAAUCCUGCGGCUUUCCGAUCACGCCCUAACCAGCCACCUAGUUCGAUUGGACCUGGCGCAAUUCAACCUGGCUCUUCACCCAGAACCAUGAACCCCACAGCAUCGUCCUUCUUUGUGCCUCGUGCUAGUGGUCGUUCGAACUACGCCGAUGAUAUGACAGGUGCAGCCCAACCUCACUCCUACAACGAGAUUCCCGAAACUCUGAGCCAAGGACAGAAUGGAUCACGUGGCGGAUUCAGCAGACCUCAGUACAUGGGCUCGGGGCUACCCGGUGCUGUUGAACAACCUUGGUACAUGCCGGUCGGCGCCUAUGGUCAACAGAGCUUCGAUGCACCAUACGGCGCCACUCCUUCACCUUCCCACGAGCUGGCGUUCAGACCUGCUCCUACAUUCGGCCAGAGCUUUCUGAGAAAUGGUAACCGCCAGGCACGAACCGGCGACUUCGGUCAGAUGCGAUAG